AUGGAUGAAAUUUAUAAGAUCGCAUCUACAGAAAGGGUCCAGCUGUUGGAAAAGGAACUGGCUGUGCAAUUGACUGAACUGAAGUCUGAGAUAGAAGAGCAGGGGGCUCUUGAAGGGACUAAUGGAGUGUACAGCUCUGUUCGGAUACCAAAGGACAUUUCUUACUUUAGAAGAGAAAGGGAGCUGGCACUGAAAAAAAUCUUACAGAAACAGGUUGGUUACAUUAUGCAGGAGUACGAUGAUGCAGUUCAGAGGGCUGAAAGAUUGUCUGUUGCCCGAGAAAACUUCCUUAUGGGAAAAAACAGCUCUCCUAAUUUAGUGACACAGGAAGAUCUGACUAUUUACACAAGGUGGUUAGUGUGUCACCUACACUCUCUCAAGACUGUUCAUCAUUACCUACAAUUUCGGAUUGUCAAUGUUUCUGAACUCUACCUACAAAUUAUAGGAUCAAUAGCCCUCCAGUAUUUGCCCAUCUCCAAAGCACUGAGCGUAACUGCCAACAAACUCCCUGAGGUUGGUCAGGAACAUGAAAAGGUCUUUGUCAGGGGCAUCAACUCUGACAUCCAAGGUUCCGCUUCUCCAGGCCCAACGAAUGCCAACAUUCCAGGGUCAAUGGGGACAGAUGCUGUUUCCGUCCUGCCCCAACACAUAACAGAAACAGGAAAACUAAAAUCACCGCUGAGGCUUCUGCUCUCCUAUUUCAAGAUCCCAUACAACGUGGAGGAGCUAAGGGACUCUGCGAAGGAGAUGGAACUUUUUUCCUUGGUUUCCCAGAAAUUUCAAAGCAUCUUCAAAGAGCAACAGAGAAUGCAAACAUUUCCAGACUAUGAUGCUGGGAUAGCUAAAGCUGAGUGCCAGGGUUUGGCAGGACCUGGUGUGGCCCUGAAAAAGAGAGCCAAUUGGAUUUCCUUUAUAAAGAUUAAACCAAAAUGUGAUCCUUGGCAAAAAAAGUUUUUGGCCAAACUAAAAGAACGGAGAAGAAUAGAUUCAUUAAUGCAAAUCCAAGCAAAGUUUUUGAAGAUUUCCAGCCCAGAGCGCAUAAUGCAAGUGCUCCAGGACCACACUGCAAAGACAGUCACAUUGGCUCCACAUCCAUCUUUUAUGGCUUCCCAGGGUUUGCAUCAGUGCAAUUAUGACAAAAUCUGGGAGCAUAUUUAUAGCAACAUCAACCUCUACCAGAGUGAUAAUAUGAAGGAAGAUGACCUUUCCGUGGAACAAAAUGAGAAUGACCCGGCACAAACAGGUCUCGGCCAGCAUGCUGGUGGGCCUCUCCAGCAGAAGAAAGAGACAGGGUACAGUUAUGUUAUGACCCUACAACUGCUGGGCUUAGAUGAUGGGACCGAGCCCAGUGAUGAGAAUCCUGUCCUGAUGAGAGGAGCUUACCUGUCUUUUCUGUAUCUGCGCCACUUGCGAAUCAGGGAGCUGCAACGCACCUGCUUAGGAAUUCUGAACUAUUUCAGAUCAGUUGAGCGAACCUUGACUAUCAACACUUCAGGCCUUACCUUGAUUGCAGGGAAACUAGUCUCCACCAUGGAAGAUCCUACCUGGGUAAAUACUGCAAAAGGAGGUGUGGGCACCUUGCAAGGCCUAGGAGCUCACCACUAUGUCCACAGUACACCUGCUGAGCACAAGGUCCACAGUAUGCAGUUCAUGGAAUUUUCAGAAGUGGAGAACCAAGAUGACUACUACAGCACAGGAGCUGGCUACAUCCACACACAGGACCAGCAAGGAGCAUAUGUCAUGUAUGAUGAAGCCUUGAGUGAUCUGAAGGAACUAGAAACAGAGCUACUGCUUGUGGCCAGCUAUUACAUAGAGAAAGAGAAAAGUCACAAAGAGGACAGCAAGUCUAGGACCAGCGAGGACUGGGGAUGGGCCCACGCAGGUGUGGACAGGUUUGCUGUGCUAUAUGACAUAUGGACUUGGGAAGCAGCCCUUCUGGAACACAAGCAUCAGCUUCUUGACAGUUACUUUGAAGCCUACCAGCAUGUGUUGGACCCUGAGGAGAGGUUUGCCUUAGCACAAGUCAUCACUGACAUCAUGCACCGGCGCCCAAGGUUUGAUCCCAGCCACCCUUAUUUCAUUAAAGCCUACAGAGAUGAUUGCACCAGCCUGAGGCUCCACCUGCAGCUGGUGAGGGGCAUCCUCAACCAGCAGAUAGAGUGUCAGCGGGAGUAUGUCCAGAGGCUUUGGCGUGAAGGGCACUCAGAUGACAGCAAUAAAUUUGGACUUCCCCUUAACAUAAUUUGCAAACAACUUAUUUCCAUCAAUAAUAGCUGCCCAGCAUUGAGAAAGAUUUAUCUGCUGGAGUUCCACCCUUCACUAGGCCUGGCAUCUCUCAUCCCCAAAGCCCUUGACCAUCUUCUCCAGGAAUCCCGAAGCACCUGCAGACCCACGUCAGCCAGUGGUCUUGCCACGUUGGAGAAUCAUGUGCUUCGAGUGGCCCUGGAUGUGUGGCUCACCCCAGCCGAGCCCGAGUCCUGGUACAGUGCACAGCUCCAGAAAGAUUUGUUUUCAACUAGAGUGAUGGGAGAUCCCUUUUUUGUGGUGGAGUUAGGCCUGCUUGCAUUCAAGUCUGCAGCAGAUGAAGAACAGAAGCAAGGCCAGGAUUCACAUGUGCUGCUCCUGGAGACCUUUUGCAAACUUCUGGAAUUGCUGACUCUCCGCCACCGGCUGAUAGAAAUGAGUCUGGAGAGUGCACACUUAGCCAGGCUCUAUAAGGAAUUGGCAUGGGAGAUGGGUUUUGAAGAGUUCCAUUUGUACUUGAGACCUGUUCAUUUUGAAUUUGCAUCCCACAAGGAGAAGGUAGACCAACCACCUCCUGUCUUUAUUACUUCUCUGCUGGAGGACAGUGAUCGGGUAGACAGAUAUUCUCCUACUACUCUUGUCUUAGCUGUCUCUGAGGUGGAUGAUAAUCAAGUUGGCAAAUUUAGUUUUUAUACAAAGGAAGCCAUCCUUAAGCUCUUGCUCCAUUCAGGAGUGGAAAAUAUGCAAGUGACACUUGCAUGCCAAGCUGCUCAGAAAAAUGCUUUGAUGGUGGCUAUCCAGCAGGCAUCCUUCUAUCACGUCCCUUGUGGGGGCUGUCCAGCUGAAGUCAAGGUCAGCCUGUAUGCUAGAGAAGCCUGA